AUGACAUCAAUUCCUCGAAAGCUAUGGGAGCACCCAGACCCGCAGUCGACUAGAAUGGCUCACUUCCAACGGCAGUUGGAGAAGUCGACCAGUCAGAAAUUUAGUACAUUUCAUGACAUGCACCAGUAUUCAAUCCAAAACCGAUCGGCAUUCUGGGAAUUCUGCUGGGACUACUUUCAAUUAAUCCACGAGGGUACCUACAAGCAGGUAGUUGACGAAUCCGCUCGAAUGGAUAGUAUUCCGGAAUGGUUCACAGGAGUCCGAUUGAAUUUCGCAGAGAAUCUCCUCUUCUCAAGCGGCAAGACCAAGACCGGCAAAGAAGACGACAAGAUCGCCGUCAGCGAGGUGCGAGAAGGUGCUGCCCAUGAAGUCACCCAUCUCACAUGGGGUGAGCUUCGACGACGAACCGGAGCAUUAGUGCAAGCGAUGAAAGCCAAUGGUGUGGUGCGCGGCGACCGAAUCGCUCUCUGCGCCUCGAAUAGUAUUGAUACGCUGUUGGUGUUUUUGGCUUCGACUGCUCUGGGUGCGAUUUUUUCGUCCAGCUCGACGGACAUGGGCGUGAAGGGUAUUCUAGAUCGACUGUUGCAGAUUAAACCGCGUUGGUUGUUUAUGGAUGAUUUUGCGAUUUAUAAUGGAAAGACGAUCGAUCUUCGACUUAAGAUUCGAGAUAUCGUGCAGGAGAUGGGAUCUGUGAUUGAGUUCCAAGGUGUUAUCUCCCAGUCUCGGUUCUCUUCGCCUGCCGAUGUCAGUGAUAUCCCCAGGACGCAGACUUGGUCAGAAUAUCAUUCCAAAGCAGGCGGCAAUGAGAAACUCGAGUUUGAGAGGAUUGGGUUCCGUGAGCCCUUUCUAAUUGUGUACUCGUCCGGCACGACCGGACAGCCAAAGUGCAUUGUGCAUUCGGUUGGUGGAGUAUUGUUGAAUUCGAGCAAGGAGGGCAACUUGCACAGCGAGCUGGGGUCAGAUAGCGUGGCUCUGCAAUAUACGACCACAGGCUGGAUUAUGUACAUGAGCGCGGUACAGACGCUGCUUUUUGGAGCGCGCGUUGUUCUUUACGAUGGAUCCCCAUUCCUCCCAGAUAUCACGGCAUUGGUUACUCUUGCAGCCCAGGAGAAGGUGACACACUUCGGAAUCUCUCCUCGAUGGCUGCACGACUUGCAGCAAGCUAAGAUCAAGCCGCGCGAGCUGGUGGACCUUAGCUCUCUGCGGGUUGUGACGAGUACCGGCAUGGUCCUACGGGAUGCCUUGUUCGAAUGGUUCUACGACGAGGGGUUCCCAGCUCGCGCCCGCCUGAACAACAUCUCCGGCGGUACUGACUUGGCCGCUUCAUUUGCGACAAGUAAUCCUAUUUCCCCUGUCUAUAUUGGAGGAUGUGCAGGCGGAAGUCUCGGUAUUCCUGUCGGUGUUUUCGACUCCACCAUUGAAGGUGGAGAUGGCACCAAGGGAAUUCCUAUGGCAGAGGGCGAGCCUGGAGAAUUGGUAGCCACGGCUGCAUUCCCCACUAUGCCCACGAUGUUCUGGGGCGACCAAGACGGCAAGAAGUAUUUUGAUGCCUAUUUCAGUAGAUUCGAUAAUGUUUGGACGCAUGGUGAUUUCGUUUCGAUUCAUCCAAUCACCAAGCAGAUCCUGUUUCACGGACGCACCGACGGGGUCCUCAAUCCCUCCGGAGUGCGAUUUGGAUCCGCCGAAAUCUACCGAGUGAUCGAAGGUCAAUUCUCGCCAGAAAUCGCCGAUUCGAUCUGCGUCGGUCAGCGACGACCAACCGAUACGGACGAGCGGGUCAUGCUCUUUUUGCUCAUGAAACCAGGCGUGUUGUUCAAUCCCGACCUUGUGGCUCGAGUGAAGACUGCCAUUCGCUCCGAGCUAAGCGCCCGCCAUACCACCGUGAAUGGCAAGAAAGUGGAAACGCCGCUGAAAAAGAUCGUGUCUGGCCAAGUCGUCAAGCCCUCGGGGACUCUUUUGAAUCCGGGCAGCCUAGAGUUCUACUAUCGAUUCGCCGAGGUGGAAAAGCUGCGCGAGAACAAGCUCUGA